AUGGACAUGUUCAACUCCUCUCGUAACCCAGGGGCCAUGUCCUCCUUUCCUGACCUCAUGAACGAUCCGGCUUUCGACGAGAGGGAGAAGGGCUUCGAGGACACGGACACCUGUCGGAUCUGUCACGGCGAAGCUACUGAUGAGGAACCACUGUUCUACCCCUGCAAAUGCAGCGGCAGUAUCAAGUUCGUUCACCAGAGCUGUCUGGUGGAGUGGUUGGCCCACUCGCAGAAGAAGCACUGUGAGCUGUGCAAAACCACCUUCCGCUUCACCAAGCUAUACGACCCGAAUAUGCCCCAGAGUCUUCCAACGCCUCUCUUCAUAAGACAAGCGGUGAUUCAGUGCCUCCGGACUCUGGUGACAUGGAUGAGAUUUCUUCUGGUGGCGUUUGUUUGGCUGGGUUGGUUACCAUGGUCGAUGCGCGCAAUCUGGAGAGCCUUGUUCUGGCUCGCCGACGGCCGCUGGUCGGCUAGCGGAGCUGCUCAGCAGCAAGCUAUGCAAUCUGUGCAGGAGGGUGCUACUCAGUGGGCUGGAAAUGGUACGGCGUCAGGUUCUGUCCUGAGUUCGAUGACUUCAACGGUCUCGAAUGCAAUGAAAUCUGCUGCCACUAGUGCGCCGUCGCCACAACCGUCGGCGAUCAACUUCCCAGCCGGAGACCCACUGAUGCUCACUCUGAUCAAAAAAAUCAUUCCAAAUUUAUUCCUCCCCGCCUUCUCAUCGGCUGGACAAAAUGAAACGAGUUCAAAUGGCAUGACUGGGGUCACGAAAACCCGAUACCCAUCGUGGCUGUCUGAUGUGAAGUUUCUUAACUCGUUGACACGCUAUCCAACCAUCAACAACAUGAUCAUAGAUAUGCUGGAAGGCCAGCUGAUCACUCUUCUGGUCGUCAUUGCCUUCAUUCUUCUUUUCCUGAUUCGGGAGUGGGUGGUUCAGCAGCAGCCUAUGGCCAACAUUGCCGAGGGAGAGCGUGAAGCGGCAGUGCAGCUUAUUGCAAACAACCGGGUUGACGACCAUAGAAAUCGUGUUAACGAGCUUAACGAGGAAAUUGAUGCCCUCCAGCAAGAAAAUGCCCGCCUACGCCAUCCGGUUGAAGAGCGUGAAGAUGGUCACAUGGACGACCAUCUCCCUCCUCGAUCCGCCACACAUUCGCCUGCCCCAUCUUGGACCGACUCCGAUGAUGGUCUUCCUGUUCUUGAUAGACCAGCGGCACAUCGUGAUGUCUUUGCCGGCGAUCAUUUACCUGGAAAUGCCGAGACGGAAUUCGGCGGUCCAGCUUUCCAACACCAGGAGGAGACGCCCCGCACUGGCGUGCUAGCUUUCCGCGAUGUCCUAGCUCGAUCAAAUGGUGACCGCGAUGAGAUGCUGCGAAUAAUUCGAGAGGAGGGCCAUGAAGAAGAGCUCGGCUGGAUAGUCAACGCGUUUUCAGGACCUAAUCAAGACGAAAAUGUAGCUGAGCCUUCGAACCAUGCUCAUCAAUAUCAGACUAUCGAUCCCCAGCAACCUCCCCAAGCAUUUAAUGAGGAUCAUGAUGUCGCCGCGCCCCAACUUCCCGAAAAUGAGCAACCGCCUUCUGUGCGGCACCCUAACCUCGAAUCAGCUUCUGGAGACGGUGCUGUGCCUAUGGACACCCAGGACAAUGAAUCCCCCAAGCGAGCUACGGAGCGACUUGCUGACUGGUUCUGGGGAGAUAUAACUCCUGCUGAGCGUGACCCUGCAGAAGCCGCGUUGGAGGACGAUGCGCACGUCGUCCAAGAUCCGGCGUUGGAAGACCCAUUUGUGCCUGUCCAGCCCCGUCUGGAAGAGCAGCCAGUCGACGGCGUGAUGGCAGCAGCUGCAGCCGAGGCCGGCAUGGAUCCCAACGAUAUGGACGCGAUCGAAGGAGAUGACUUUGAAGGAAUCAUGGACCUCAUUGGCAUGCAAGGGCCGAUCUUUGGACUCUUGCAAAAUGCCGUCUUCUGUGCCCUUUUGAUUGCCUUUACAGUGGCCAUCGGCAUCUGGCUGCCCUACUUGUGGGGCAAGAUCGCCCUCGUACUGCUUGCCAACCCAUUGGAGCUGAUUGUCGGAGUGCCGAUGGCUGCUGUCACAGUUGUUGCUGACAUUGCUCUUGACACCUUGAUUGGCGUCGUAGGCUAUGUCAUGUAUUGGCUGACCUUCAUUUGCAAAGUCGUGCUCAGUCCCUUCGGCGCCUUUGUCCCUGCUAUUGAGUGGAUUCCCCGGGGCAAAUCUGUGACUAGUGCCUCGCUGUCUCUCAUCGACGCCAGUACCAAUCGCCUCAACAAAGUGGUCAAGGCAUUCCUUGUCUUCCACGAAUCCGACAUCCCUAUGUUCUCAGUGAUAUCGCAUCAGGCGCUCAAGCUCCACCAGGCACGGAUUGGAACGGUCUUCCAAUUCGCCUUCGAUGCAGUGAAAUUUAUUCUGCACGAUUUCCCAAUACGCCUGAUUACCCUCGGACUCCCCGGUGCUCUUUCCUUCGAAUAUGACCUAUCACCGUUGCAAAAAACCAUAUCACAGGCCCAACAUCAGCUUAGCGGCUUCAUCAAGACACCGUUCUUCAGUUCCGGGGCCAAGUUAAUAAACGCCGGGGCCGCCGAAGCCACCAAGCCAACAAUGUCUGUCGACUAUGACUUGGCCGUCUGGGAUACGAAAGACCGAGCUGUUGCCAUACUGAUGGGCUACACUCUGGCAACAGCGGUGGGAUUCCUCUACCUUCGCAUCACCGGGCUCCUUUCUGGGGCCAAUCGUGGCCAAAGAGUUGAGGGUAUUGUGGCAGAGGUUCUUCUCCAGGCAGGGGGAGUGAUGAAGGUCAUUCUCAUCAUUGGCAUCGAGAUGAUUGUUUUCCCUCUUUACUGUGGUACACUGCUUGACAUUGCCUUGCUCCCUCUGUUCUCUAAUGCGACGGUGACCUCGCGCAUUGCGUUUACGACGGCUUCUCCUCUCACAUCGCUUUUCGUGCAUUGGUUCAUCGGCACAUGCUACAUGUUCCACUUUGCUCUAUUCGUGUCCAUGUGCCGGAAAAUUCUGCGGAGCGGAGUCCUCUACUUUAUCCGUGACCCAGAUGAUCCGACUUUCCAUCCGAUUCGCGAUGUUCUCGAGCGCAGCAUCACCACCCAGCUUCGCAAAAUAGGAUUCAGCGCCCUUGUGUACGGUGCUUUGGUAAUUCUCUGCCUCGGAGGAGUAGUUUGGGGUCUCUAUUUUGUAUUUGAUGGCGUGCUACCCAUUCAUUGGUCUUCCAAUGCCCCUAUGCUCGAGUUCCCCAUCGAUCUACUGUUCUACAAUUUCGUCAUGCCACUGGCUAUCCAAUCUGUCAAGCCCUCCGAUGGCCUGCACGAUCUGUACAACUGGUGGUUCCACAAAUGCGCUCACUACUUGCGCCUCAGCAACUUCUUCUUCCCGGAGAGGCAUCCCGAGGAAGAGGGCCAUCACGUCCGACGUACCUGGUGGAGUCUGCUGUCCGGAAGCAAGGGUGAUUGGGAGCAUCCCGUCAUUGGAGAGGACGAACAGGCUGCCGCAGAAAAGGAACAACGUGACACAUACUUCCUGCGAGACGGAAAAUACGUUCGCGCCCCUGCUUCAGACCAGGUUCGCAUCCCUAAGGGAACGAGAGUUUUCUUAGAUGUGACCGCGGACAAUGAACGUGUUGAUGGGAGUCCCGAUGCCGAUGAUGGGCUACACGGUCGAACCAGCAACAUGUUCACGAAAGUAUACAUCCCUCCGUCCUUCCGGACUCGCAUCGCCGCUUUCAUUCUCCUGAUUUGGUUGUUUGCUGCUGCUACCGGGGUAGGCAUCACCAUUGUUCCACUGGUCAUUGGCCGGAGGAUCGUUGCCCUCUAUUUCUCCAGCCCCGUUCCGGUGAACGACAUCUACGCCUUUUCCUGCGGACUGUGUGUGGUUGGCAGCGUGGCGUACAUUGCCUUUUCCUGCCACGGCGCAGUUCUAGCGAUGAAAGAUAACCCGGCCACUUAUCUGCGAUCCCCACGAGAGCUGGGCCAGAUUGGUCUUGAUCUGGUGCUCAAUGCGAGCCGCCUUCUGUACAUGUCAGGUGUAUUGGUUGUAUUGCUCCCGACGCUUUUCGCACUGAUGACCGAGCUAUACAUUCUCAUCCCGAUACACACCUUGAUGGGAGAUGACCAGUCCCAUGUGGUCCACGUCGUCCAAGACUGGACGCUGGGGGUCCUUUACGUGCAGAUGGCGAUCAAGUUGACUCUGUGGCACCCCCAGUCCUGGGCCGCCGCCGUUCUCAACGGCAUCUUCCGAGACAGCUGGCUGCGGCCUAACGUCAACCUUGCGACUCGAGCUCUGGUGCUCCCCUUCUCGCUCCUCACCGCCUUGGCGGUCGCGGUGCCCUUGGCAUUGGGAGGGGUGUUAAGAUGGACCGUCUUCUAUACGCAAAGUGAGGCGCAGUCCUUGGUCUAUCGCUAUACAUACCCAGCUACGCUUUUGGUCGUGUUGGCCGCGUGGACCGUCCACCUAGUUCAUCGACGGGUGGCGAUCUGGCGCAUCAGCAUCCGGGAUGACGUAUACCUAAUCGGCGAACGUCUGCACAACUUCAGCGAAAAGCGAGCGCGGGAUGUCGGAGUAUCGCGACGAGUGAUCACCGGGUGA